UGUACACCACACAUGAGCCGACAAAAAUCAAAGAACUUCCCGUGAAAUUUGUCAAGAAUGGACGCGGGACUACUGAUAUCUACAAUACUGCUGAUAUCAGUGCACUGCCUAGUAACUGCAGACAACACACAGCAAGGUCUGUCUGUCAGCCACGAAGAGUUUACGGAAUAUUUCUACGGCCUGGCUCGAAACAAGCCGAUCGACUGGACAAUGGUGGACCAGCUGGUUCGGGCCGGACAAGUCAGCCGACUGUGUCACAACCAGAGUGCGAAACUUCACUAUGAUACUACGACGUUUAAGACUUACGCCAUUCGAAUGUUGGACAGUACUGGGAAGACUAUUCCGCCUGGUUUGUUCCAAGGGAACUGCAUAGACUUCGGCAGCUACCAGGGAUGUAGGGUGGAUUCUAACAACGCCCCUGACCUACCUGCAGACUUCCGAGCCACGUACUGUCGGCUAAACUGGGGAGGGAUACCGCCGGAGAUGUCAGCGGGUAUGAAAUACUAUGUACAAGGCGUGUGCGUGCCAAGUUCAUGUACGGAUGGGGACGUUAUGCUGCUGGCAACCACAGGCAAAGCUGCCCGUUUCUUAAAGUGCUUCUCUGUCUACAACAACACCAAGAAGUUGUUGGACACGUCCCAGCCGCCAGGACAACUCCCCACACUUCACGGCAUCCGGGUUAUCAGCUGUAUGCUAAUUAUCUACGGACACACCAUUGUGAUGCAGGUCGACAUAGCUAAUCCGGUAGACAGACAGCGGGUCAUAAACUGGGAGACGUCAUUUCCCUUAUACGUCAAUCACCUGGACUUAGCAGCAGACGCAUUCUUUCUACUCAGAGUCACGCCGGUGUACGCCUUCCUCCUGAUGGUCUACUCCUGCCUGUUUGUGUACAUGGGUACAGGACCGAACUGGGCUGACCCCACUCUGAAAGCCAUGACAGAAUUACAGGGAUGUCCGGAUUCAUACUGGACAAACCUCUUAUACAUCAAUAACUACGUCAACAAGUGCUUCAAGUGGGCGUGGUUCCUAGCCGUCGACAUGCAGCUUUUCAUCGUCUCUCCGUUCAUUUUGCUGCUCUUAUACAGAGAGGAAGGCGUUUUCACCGUGACGUAUCACAACCGAGACACCAUCAUUCGCCUGGGCCCGUACAUGAUAGGGAUCCUGCUAGGGUAUCUGCUCUUACAGACAGACAGAACGGUGCCCAGUACACGCACAACAAAGGUGCUGAUGCUACUCGGUUGGAUGAUUGGCUGUGCCGUGAACAUCCUACUCACAAUCCCCAAGGUCACCUUCUGUACCUACGGCAUGCUUCUGCAGUCUCAGGGUUCAGCUGGAAUCAAAUCCCGGACCAGCACUUUUGACAACCCGGGUUGGAUGGCGUUUUACCGCAGCGUGUUCGCCACUAGUGUGGCCUGGCUGGUGUACGCCUGUAGCGUUGGGUAUGGAGGUAUCAUCACGGAGUUCCUGUCCUGGAGGGGCUGGGCUCCGCUCAGUCGUCUGAGUUAUGCUGCCUACCUCGUACAUCCCAUAAUAAUCCACGCCUACACCAUGUCCCAAAAGACACUUCUCUACUUCUCUGUGGCAAACUGGUGUGUUACCGCCUUCGGUAUCAUCUGCAGUGCCUUUCUCUUCGCCCUUGCCGCUUCGCUCAUGGUCGAGAUGCCAUUCGCGGGACUGGAGCAUCUCAUUCUUUUCGGGGGGAGACAGGGUGGGUCUAAAAACACAUCAGUGAACAAUGGGAAGAAACAGGGAACUACUGCAGACGACACGGGCAAAGCGACCACUGGACGGACUGAAGGGUCCAGGGCUGACAACAAGGGGGCAAAUGUUAACGAAGAACCCUUGGUCCAAAAGAAGGAAGACUAA